AUGUUUGCUGCGCACCUAGGCUGGAAUGAAGUGGUGGCAUUGCUUUUAGAAAGCGGUGCUGGUGGUACAGUCGUUGACACCCGAGAUAAAAACUAUGCAACGGCACUCUCUCUGGCGGUAAUAUCUGGCCAUUUUGCCACAGUGCAACGACUUUUGGAAGCCAACGCAUCCUGUAAGAUCAAAGACAAGACCGGAGCUACCAUGGUUAUCAUUGCAGCAAGAAACGGCCACCUGCCACUUUUGCGUCUUUUCCUGAACUCAUACAAGUUGAGUCUAAAUGAUCGAGAUACAGAUGGUCGCACGGCUCUUUCUUAUGCUGCUGAAUUUGGCCACAAAGACGUGGUUCAUUACCUACUAGAGCAGCUCAGUCUCGCCGAGGUGGACACUCUAGAUAGACAAGAUCAAACUGCACUCGUAUGGGCAUGUAAAAAGGGCUACUGCGUCAUCAUAAGCUUACUCAAAGAUCAUGGCGCUGAUCACAAGCACAAAGAUAGGAACGGAAGGACACCAUUCUCGCAUGCUGCGGAAAAAGGACAGACCACUGUUCUCAGACAUCUUCUACUUCUUGAAGAAGAAAAUAAAGAAAACUCGCUCAAAAUGCUCGAAUGGAAAGAUGAUGCUGGCCGGACGGCAUUGUCUUGGGCUGCAGAGGAGGGUAGAUUGGAGACUGUCCGGCUGCUACUGAGAUGGGGCACGGAUCCUUUAUCGAGCAACAAGAGAAAGAUGACACCAAGGAUGUUUGCUUUGGAUAAAGGUCAUACUCAGGUAGCAAAGCUACUGGCGUCGGACCAUACAUCUUCAGGACUCAUACCAGGCAAUGCCAUUCCGAUUACACGGCAACCAUCCUUGCCUGUCAAUCUCCCCCCACUAAAGAAUUCUGCCAUCGAGUCUGAAAACGAUUCCUCGGCGUCGAUUUCGGCUUUGAAUUUAAGUGGCCAAGCAACGGGAGCUUCUGGGGGCGGAAUUUCUACUUGA